GGUGCUGUCGAUGCGUGAGGGCAGCCACCGGGAAAGCGCCUCCGGGGCACGCGCCCGCUUCUCUAGAAAGCUACCUCGUUCAGAUCUACCACCGCCUGGCCGCAGGCACGCGGUGGGAGCGCCCGUCCUCGAUUUAAAUUUUUGCUUUAGCUAGCGCAGAUGGAUGCUAGCGCUAGCGCUCGGCUGAGCCUGCCCAGGCGCAUUGCGGCGGCCCAUAGGCGCGGGCGACGGGUCGAAGGCGUCAUCUGGCACGGCAGCCGUGCGCUUGCUACGUUUGGGCUGCCUCCCGGGGCCUAGGUAGCGCUCAGACCCACCCAUGGCCGAGCAGCGCCGGGACGCCCCCGCGGCAGCCGUGACCAAGGUCAAGAAGAUCGGCCACGUAAGAAUCGCGGCGAGGGAGUUCGAGAAGGGCGCCGCCCUGCCGCUGAAGGAGGCCUGCCGGGCCCUCUUCACGGCGAGCCACCGCGACGACGGCGUGAACGACGCCGACCGGCUCUGGUGCGGCCACGGCAUUGCCAUCGUGCUACCUGGUGAUUUACUCGACAAUUUGAGAGGCGUGGGCAUGGAUCCCUUAACGAAUGAAGAGGUCCCGGUGCUACCGCCACAACGCCUACGACUACUCCUCAGUCCCGCGCCGAUGUGGCCAAUCGAUCCCUUCUCCGCGAAAAGGUCCGUGGCGGCCUUCGUCGAAGAUCUCCCCACUGACGACACUGAGUCGUCGGACAGCGAGAUCGACAUACCUGCCAGGAGACCUACGGUCGUGACGUGUUCACCAAAUGACGCGUUUUACGCGUCCCACAAAAACGAGCCCUCGCAUCUCGUGCUCUGUGCGGCUGGGUCAUCGGAGCCCCACUGCCCCAUUGAGUCAGCACCAUUCGGCGUCCACGUAUCUCAGAAGGUACUGAGGAGAGGAGACAGGAUCGUCAUCGCGCGGCCGGCCGACUGCCUCGAUGCUGCUGGAAGACGCCAGAAGCGGUCGCAAGUCACAGUGGAUACGAAGAACGUCAUGCCUCCAGGUGAGGCGAAGGCCGCUCAUACGUUGUGUCGCGGCGUGAUCCGACACGUGGCCGCGGGACGGUUCUUUUACGACGUCGCGCCGGAGGACCACGAGGCGCACUGUUCCAUGCUUUGGACUGGUAGUGCCAUCUUUCGGGUCGUGAACGCGCCUACGGGUGCCAAGGCUUAUCGGGGUCGAUCUCAAUCUUUUAAGAGUAUGAGAGUGGAGUUAAUUGGUUUAAGGUCGAGACCGCGACCGCAACCGCCGCGCGACGUCGACGCUCUUAUAAGACGCUACGACCUCGACGCGGACGAAAGUUCGCAAGGGACGCGCGAUUCGGCUCUGUUAGGUGCUGUGCACAUCGACGAGGGCCGCGAACGCGCCAAGCGUCUCCGAGAGAAGUGGAGGGAGCCCCAUAAUAGUAGAGGGCGGUGGACCCACGAAGGUAUUGGAAUAGAUUCCUUUUUGGACCAGGUCCGGGCCGAGGGCGAUGAAAGGGAGCGACUACGGGACCUGAAACGCCAGGAGCCGCCUCCGGUAAGACGGGACGACGGCGGGCAACGGGCCAUCAAGCGCAUCCUCCGAAGACAACUGAAAGAGUUUUUCCUGGGCGAGCCGUGGGUCCCGGGUGCUGACUCGGCGUGAUUUCCAGCCUUUCCGAACUUCAACUUCGCAUCGAUGGCGUCAACGCGACGCGAUGCCACCGUGACGCCGUCGACGUGGCCGUGCGAGAGUCUGCGCGUCGCGUGAGGGAGCCGCGGCAGUUUCGCGACGCCGUCGUUCGACGCAGGCCCCCCUCCAGACCUAGACAAAAUGGACAGCGCGCCGCGCUUCGUGGCGGAGAACUGCGCGUUGAAAGGUGUUGAUAGUCUGAUGAAGCUGGCCAUGGCCUACAUUGGUAUUAACCGGUUAGAUGGAGCUGCGGAAUGCUUGACUUGCGUCGCGCGGGCCUGUGCCAAGCCUGGAACUGAAGGUCUGGAAAGAGGACUGGAGGUCCUGGGGAACGAGGAAUGUUUGCUAGCUUUAGCGGAGGCGUUGAAGGGCCCGCCCGUACAACCAGAUGCGUGGGACGGCGCAAGCAGUGACGACGAGUCCACUACGAGUCGUACGUCGUCCUACUACUCCGGUCUGCCCUCGCCGGCGGGGUCCCAGUCGUCCCACUACUCGACGGCCAGUCGUGCUUCUCAUUCAACGAUGGGUUCGUCGCGGCCCGGGUCGCGCCAGCGGCGCAACCGCUCUAGACCGGGCUCCGCGCUGAAUACGCCGCGGCGGCCCGGCUCGCGGUCUAGGUCAAGGCCGGGCUCGCGCAAGAAGUCGCGGCCGGCGACCCCCGACGAGUCGCGACCCGCAACGGCGACGAGCGACGACUCCGAGGCCGACCGGGAACGUUUACGAGUCCAAGCCGAGGCCGACGCCAAGGCCGCGCGGGCCCGUGCAUAAUUCCACGCCGUCGACGCGACGCUCACCGUUCGACUCCGCCCGCACGGCCGCGUGCUCACGGGUCGGUUUCCGCACAGGCCCAGGAGGAGGAAGAAGCGUUAGCGAAGCAGGCCAUGGCCGAGGAGAAGCUUAGAAGGGAGCGCGAGUGCCAGGAAUUGCUCGCUGCUUCCGCGGGGGAGAUCGUCGCUGCCAUUGCUAGACGUACCAAUUACGACGGACUGCAAAGGCUAAAAAUGAUGCCUGAAGCAGUUUGUGCCUCGUUGCGAGGUUUAUGCGAAACAGAUGACGCGGAAGAUGGUCUCGGGAGAGUAUCUGCGUGGGCCCAUGGGGUCCUGCGGUGCGCCGAUGGUUUAGCGCGCGGCGACUUUUUAGCUUUGGAUCUGAGGAAUGGGAAAGCUCCGAACUUCUUGCGGCGAUUGAACCCGUCACUAUCAGCAUUGGACCGGAACGGCGGCGACUCCUACGACUGCUCGCAGCGCGUCGAACAUUAUUGUCACAAAAGUGAUAAGCCGUGGAAGCUGUUGCCACAAGUCGACACUAUUGACCCCCACGACGGCUACAUGGUCCGGGCCGCGCCGAAAUACGAGGUGGCUAAACUAAUCCUGGCGGACCUGAAACGCUCAAAACAACCUUGUAGCCUGACGUCGUGGGGCGGCGUCGGCGAUGACCUACUAGGACGAAGGACGGUCGUCACGCGGUCCUUCGACGAGACGAACCGGCCGCCCCCCGAACCCUUGCCGGAGGACGAGACCCAAAAAGUUUUUGAUGAAGAGAUGGCCAAAAGAGUAACACCAGAGGGCGUGGCGGAAGUGGAAGCGGAAAGGGCCGACACGGCUUGUAGAGCUGCAAUGCACCCGCGCCAGUUCGUGCCGGACGGCGAGCGGGGGCCUCCUGUUACUCUUGAUGAGAGGUCGCGGCGGCCGGUCACCGGUACUCGCGAAUAUGCGCGGCGCGCUUUGCCGGCGCCGCUCGUGCCAUCCCUCAAACUGCGGAAGCGCGUCUUCGACCGGAAGAUUACGGGUAGGCUAGGAGACUAAUG